AUGCCAUCAACCAAUGAGUUAACCACGGACACACCUGUCAGCCCAACGUCAUCAACUUUUAUAAGACGAAGUUCUUAUUAUGAAUACGACCCAUCGGCCAGCGGAAUUGAGACAUCGCGCACUUCCAUGUCCUCAACAGACACAAGAAAGUCAAAGGAAGGGAGACCUCGAUGGUUUAGCCAAGUCAAGGAUUGGCUAUCAGUGAGCGAGCCAUCAGCUCAGGCUAUGAAAGAGCAAAAGAAGAACACUUUCAGACGGCACGGCAUCGACAUGAAGGAUCCCCAGGCAGCAGUAAAGCUACACCUACCAAUUGAGAGAAUACCCGAAGACGCCAUCACUUCAACUCGAGGACCGAGUCCAGAAAAGGCACAUCAGCGUGCCCGGCAGCAGAGAGCGGCGGCGCAGUCUUAUUCAGGAGGCAGCCAAGCAUCUCAUUCGGUAUCCAGCGAUAUCAGUACGGCUCCUAGUGUUAAAGAGUUCAACCCAGUUGCACCUUGGGACACUUGA